AUGAUGCCCAUUGGUGCGGGAAGCCAUGGGAACCGGAGGCCGCCAUUGGGAGAGGCGGGCGGCGCUCAAGCCUGGCCUGAGGGGGCCGAGACUGAGGCAGUUGCGGAACGAGACUGCUGGCCCCGCCCUGAGUCCCUACCCUUUGGAGAACUGCGCUUCUCCUUCGGAGGGAGUGUUCACCGCCGCCGCGGCCGCCACCUGGAGUUUCUUCAGACUCCAAAUUUCCCUGUCAACCACGAGGAGUCCAGAGAGGAAACGCGGAGCGGAGACAACAGUACCUCACGCCUCUUUCAGCCCGGGAUCGCCCCAGCAGGGAUGGGCGACAAGAUCUGGCUGCCCUUCCCUGUGCUCCUUCUUGUCGCUCUGCCUCCGGUGCUGCUGCCUGGGGCGGCCGGCUUCACACCUUCCCUCGAUAGCGACUUCACCUUUACCCUUCCCGCCGGCCAGAAGGAGUGCUUCUACCAGCCCAUGCCCCUGAAGGCCUCGCUGGAGAUCGAGUACCAAGUUUUAGAUGGAGCAGGAUUAGAUAUUGAUUUCCAUCUUGCCUCUCCAGAAGGUAAAACCUUAGUUUUUGAACAAAGAAAAUCAGAUGGAGUUCACACUGUAGAGACUGAAGUUGGUGAUUACAUGUUCUGCUUUGACAAUACAUUCAGCACUAUUUCUGAGAAGGUGAUUUUCUUUGAAUUAAUCCUGGAUAAUAUGGGAGAACAGGCACAAGAACAAGAAGAUUGGAAGAAAUAUAUUACUGGCACAGAUAUGUUGGAUAUGAAACUGGAAGACAUCCUGGACCCUAUUAUAAAAAUAGCUUUUUUCAGAUGUGCAAAUAAGACUGCAUCUUAGAAUCCAUCAACAGCAUCAAGUCCAGACUAAGCAAAAGUGGGCACAUACAAACUCUGCUUAGAGCAUUUGAAGCUCGUGAUCGAAACAUACAAGAAAGCAACUUUGAUAGAGUCAAUUUCUGGUCUAUGGUUAAUUUAGUGGUCAUGGUGUUGGUGUCAGCCAUUCAAGUUUAUAUGCUGAAGAGUCUAUUUGAAGAUAAGAGGAAAAGUAGAACUUAAAACUCCAAACUAGAGUACUUAACAUUGAAAAAAGAGGCAUAAAAAUGCAAUAAACUGUUACAGUCAAGAUCAUUAUGGUCUUCUCUAAAAUAUUUUGAGAGAUAAGUAUGAAACAGGUAUAAUUUUAAUGUGAAAAUUAAGUCUUCACUUUCUGUGCAAGUAAUCCUGCUGAUCCAGUUGUACUUAAGUGUGUAACAGGAAUAUUUUGCAGAAUAUAGGUUUAACUGAAUGAAGCCAUAUUAAUAACUGCAUUUUCCUAACUUUGAAAAAUUUUGCAAAUGUCUUAGGUGAUUUAAAUAAAUGAGUAUUGGGCCUAAUUGCAACACCAGUCUGUUUUUAACAGGUUCCCUUACCCAGAACUUUUUUGUAAAUGCGGCAGUUACAAAUUAACUGUGGAAGUUUUCAGUUUUAAGUUAUAAAUCACCUGAGAAUUACCUAAUGAUGGAUUGAAUAAAUCUUUAGACUACAAAAGCCCAACUUUUCUCUAUUUACAUAUGCAUCUCUCCUAUAAUGUAAAUAGAAUAAUAGCUUUGAAAUACAAUUAGGUUUUGGAGAUUUUUAUAACCAAAUAUAUUUCAGUGUAACAUAUUAGCAGAAAGCAUUAGUCUUUGUACUUUGCUUACGUUCCCAAAAGCUGACAUUUUCACAAUUCUUAAAAACACAAAGUUACACUUAUUAAAAUUAGGACAUGUUUUCUCUUUGAAAUGAAGAAUAUAGUUUAAAAGCUUCCUCCUCCAUAGGGACACAUUUUCUCUAACCCUUAACUAAAGUGUAGGAUUUUAAAAUUAAAUGUCAGGUAAAAUAAGUUUAUUUGUAAUAUUAUCUGUCAAGUUAAUAUCUGUCAACAGUUAAUAAUCAUGUUAUGUUAAUUUUAACAUGAUUGCUGACUUGGAUAAUUCAUUAUUACCAGCAGUGGUGAAGGAAAUAUUGCUAAAAUGAUCUGGGCCUACCAUAAAUAUCUCCUUUUCUGAGUUCUAAGAAUUAUCAGAAACAAGAAAGAAUUUAGAAAAACUUGAGAAAACCUAAUCCAAAAUAAAAUUCACUUAAGUAGAACUAUAAAUAAGUAUCUAGAAUCUGGUUGGCUCAUCAUGACAUCCUACUCAUAACAUAAGUCAAAGGAGAUUAAUUUCCAGUUAACUGGAAGAAACUUUGGCUGUAGGUUUUUAUUUUCUACAAGAAUUCUGGUUUGAAUUAUUUUUGUAAGCAAGUACAUUUUAUAAAAUGUAAGCCCUACUGUAAGGUUUAGCACUGGGUGUACAUAUUUAUUAAAAAUUUUUAUUAUAACUUUUAUAAAAUGGCCUUUCUGAACACUUUAUUUAUUGACGUUGAAGUAAGGAUUGGAAACAUAGACUUCCAAGUUUUAAACACCUAAAUGUGAAUAACCCAUAUAUACAACAAAGUCUCUGCCAUCUAGCUUUUUGAAGUCUAUGGGGGUCUUACUCAAGUACUAGUAAUUUAACUUCAUCAUGAAUGAACCAUAAUUUUUAAGUUAUGCCCACUUAUAACAUCGUUUAUGACUACAUUGUGAGUUAGAAACAAUCAAACUUAAAAUUUGGGGUAUAGAACCCCUCAACAGGUUAGUAAUGCUGGAAUUCUUGAUAAGCAAUAAUGAUAACCAGAGAGUGAUUUCAUUUACACUCAGUAGUAUAAAAGGAGAUACAUUUCCCUCCUUAGGCCCCUGGGAGAAGAGCAGCUUAGAUUUCCCUACUUGCAAGCUUUUUAAAAAUGAGGUAAAUGCCGUAUAUGAUCAAUUACCUUAAUUGGCCAAGAAAAUGCUUCAAGUGUCUAGGGGUAUCCUCUGCAACACUUGCAGAACAAAGGUCAAUAAGAUCCUUGCCUAUGAAUAGCCGUCCCUUUUGCGCUUUCUGUUAAAUUUGUAAUGAGAAGCAAAUUUACAGUACCAUAACUAAUAAAGCAGGGUACAGAUAUAAACUACUGCAUCUUUUCUAUAAAACUGUGAUUAAGAAUUCUACCUCUCCUGUAUGGCUGUUACUGUACUGUACUCUCUGACUCCUUACCUAACAAUGAAUUUGUUACAUAAUCUUCUACAUAUAUGAUUUGUGCCACUGAUCUUAAACCUAUGAUUCAGUAACUUCUUACCAUAUAAAAACGAUAAUUGCUUUAUUUGGAAAAGAAUUUAGGAAUACUAAGGACAAUUAUUUUUAUAGACAAAGUAAAAAGACAGAUAUUUAAGAGGCAUAACCAAAAAAGCAAAAUUUGUAAACAGAAUAAAAAUCUUUAAUAUUUCCAAAGACAUACUGUUUAUCUGCUUCAUAUGCUUUUUUUAAUUUCACUAUUCCAUUUCUAAAGUUGUGCUAAAUUGAGUAAGCUGUUUGUUUAUCACUUAACAGCUCAUUUUGUCUUUUUCAAUAUACAAAUUUUUAAAAUACUACAAUAUUUAACUAAGGCCCAACCAAUUUCCAUAAUGUAGCAGUUACUGUGUUCACCUCACACUAAGGCCUAGAGUUUGCUCUGAUAUGCAUUUGGAUGAUUAAUGUUGUGCUGUUCUUUCAUGUGAAUGUCAAGACAUGGAGGGUGUUUGUAAUUUUAUGGUAAAAUUAAUCCUUAAACAUAACGGUGUCUUAAAAUUGACAAAAACUGAGCACUUACAAUUGUAUGUCUCCUCAAAUGAAAAUUCUUUAUCUGAAAUUUUAAAAGACAUUGAUUCAGCAUGUAAGGAUUUUUCAUCUGAAGUACAGUAAUGCACAAUCAGUGUUGCUCAAACUGCUUUAUACUUGUAAACGGCCAUCUUAAAUAAGCAAUGUAUUGUGAGUACUGAUCUGUAUAUAAUAAAAAUUAAUCAAAGAAAA